GUCAAGUGGACGAAGAGGCGGAACUGGAGGAACAGGAAGAGUUUCAUUGACAGCGCUCAUCGCCCGGUACUCAUUCACGAAAUAAAAUACUAUGGCCCAGUUUGAGGAAGUGUUGAAGCAGUCCAGUCUCCACCCAAAGCCUCCAGGUUUGGUUUUGCAGUAUGGCACUGCUGGCUUCAGGACUAAUGCCAAACAUCUGGACCACAUCAUGUUCAGGAUGGGUCUACUGGCCAUCCUUCGUUCUAAAAAGACCAGAGCUACUAUUGGAGUCAUGGUCACAGCCUCACAUAACCCUGAGGAGGACAACGGGGUGAAGCUGAUUGACCCCAUGGGGGAGAUGGUGACACCAACAUGGGAAGCCUAUGCCACCCAGCUGGCCAACGCUGAGCAGGAAGAUUUACUGGCUGCUCUGAGGGAUGUGAUAGAGAAGGAAGCCAUAGACAUGAGUCAGGAGGGGAACGUGUAUGUGGGCAAAGACACUAGGAGCAGCAGUGCCAGACUUUCACAGGCAGUAUUAGAUGGAGUAUCUGCACUCAGUGGUCACAGUAAAGAUUAUGGUUUGGUGACCACCCCUCAGCUCCACUACAUGGUCUGCUGUCAGAACACACGGGGUAAAUAUGGAGAAGCCACAGUGGAAGGAUACUAUAAGAAACUCUGCCAGGCUUUUAUACAGCUCACAAAGAAUGCGUCCAACUGCACAGAUGACCAGAAGCAUCUCUCAGUGGACGGUGCAAAUGGUAUUGGUGCUCUAAAGGUGCGAGAAAUGGAGAAUCACCUAAAGAAGGAGCUGCAUUUAUCUCUUUUCAAUGAUGGCAGUGAAGGAAAACUAAAUCACCAGUGUGGAGCUGACUUUGUUAAAGUGCAGCAAAAACCUCCAACAGGAAUGAAGAUGAAUUCAGGAGAGCGUUGUUGUUCCUUCGAUGGCGAUGCUGACAGAAUAGUUUACUACUACAGCGACUCUGAGGGAGCAUUUCAUCUGCUGGAUGGAGACAAAAUCGCUACGCUCAUCAGCACUUUCCUGAAAGAGCUACUCACACAGGCUCAUCUAGACCUGAAGAUAGCAGUGGUGCAAACUGCUUAUGCUAAUGGAAGCUCAACACACUACCUGGAAAACACUAUGAAGGUUAUUGUGAGGUGUACUAAAACUGGGGUAAAGCACCUUCACCAUGCGGCUCAGGAGUUUGAUAUUGGAGUGUACUUUGAGGCCAAUGGUCAUGGGACUGUAUUGUUCAGUAAAGCAGCUGAAGAGAAAAUUCAGCAGUUAGCUGAAAACCCAAGCGCAGACGAUGAGAUGAAGAGAGCAGCUCUUCUUCUGCAGAACACCAUCAACGUCAUCAACCAGACUGUAGGCGAUGCCAUUUCUGACAUGCUGCUGAUUGAAGCCAUUUUAGCGAUCAAGGGUAUGACUGUUCAGCAGUGGGACGCAAUCUACAGUGACCUUCCCAACAGGCAGCUCAAAGUCAAGGUGUCAGACCGCAGAGUGAUAGACACAGCAGAUGCAGAGAGACGGGCAGUGAGCCCGGCAGGUCUGCAGGAGGCCAUCGACUCUUUAGUGAAGAAGUACAAACAGGCUCGCUCCUUUGUCAGACCGUCCGGCACUGAGGACGUGGUGAGAGUUUACGCCGAGGCUGAAACACAGGAGAGCGCUGAUGCUCUAGCACACGAGGUCAGCCUCGCAGUUUAUCGCCUCGCUGGAGGAGUGGGUGAUGAACCCAAGCCUUUGCACUAAUGACUCAAAAUUUUGCAAAAGUAACACAUCAGUAGAUGCUCUCACUAAUAGUCAAAAUCAUCAGUUCCUUUUGUUUUAUAUUUUCAAAUGCCCUCAUUAAGUACCAAAUUAAUUUAGUCCUCUAAAUGAACUCAAUACUUGACAAUAAUUUUUGUAUUUCUUUAUAGUUUUCUGUCACUAAAGAUUCAGGACACAAUGAAGGGAUUAUUGCCACUAUUGUUCAUGGAUUUCUACCUUCCUAUGUGCCUUUAAAUCAUGGGGUGUUAUGUAGUAUAAAUAAGCUAUUUGGAUUUAUGUUAUGAUUAAUAACUGUUGCAGUCUUCACAAACAGAUUAGGAAGUUUUAAUAGCUGUCUUCAUUAUAUUUUGUUUACUAUGUCACAUCUUACUAAAUGAAUCUCCUUGAACAGUGAUUGUUUUAAUUUUUUUGUAUUUUGAUUAUAAAAUCACAAGUUUACAUCAGCAUUGUGGUAGCAACUGUACUUCCAUUAAAGCCCUCGUAGCUCUGGUUGAAAUAAAUUAUUGAAGGGAUUAAAAACAGA